CACAGAGUCUUCCACAAGUGGUGAAAGGAUUGCGUAGAAUUACUGCUGAAUAAAAAGUUAUUUCAUACAAUUCUACAUUAACUAUAGAAGACGGAAAAACACAUUUUAACAGAUUUCUCAACUGCGAUUUUAAGCAGAAAGAAGUACUAAUAAGAGACAUAUAAAAGGAGACAAAUUUGAAGAUUCUACUGUGAGGAAAGAUGUCGUCCGACGAAAGCAAUUCUACUUUUUAUAAUAUAAGUGAAAGUAAUGUGGACUCAAUAAUUGAUCUGGAAUGGACUCAUCAGUCGUGGUCCAGGACGGCUUCUUCUUCGUCAUUUUCCUCUUCUUCUUCGUCAUCUUCCAUUGAUUCUCAUUUUUUCUAUGUCUUGGCCCAAUUAUGCGAGGUUCGAAAUACACCAGGUUCCUUGGGCAUUUGCAAUAUUCUAAGGAGGUCUAUUGAAAGCCCAGAACGUUUGUCUAUGAUCCAAGAAAAGGCCCGUUUGUAUGGUCAUGACAUCGUUUUUCGUGAAAUACUUAACUUACGACCCAAAGUAAACGAUAAAACGAUUUUGAAAGCCUGCCGACUACUGGAAAUAUCGCCACUAGAAAUCGACAAUCAGUUGGAGUAUAUAAAGCUAAUCCUGGGACGGAAAUUUAGGGAAACCAUGGAUAUUCGUUUCGUUGAUGGUGAUUAUAUACCGUUUGUCGCGUAUCACACCUGCAACCCACGGAUUCGGGAAAUUAUUUAUUCUUAUAGUUAUGUUCGUUCCGUUGAUGACGCUUUAGCAGAUUUGAAUAUUAUCAAAAACCAGGCCCUUUUGUAUGGUCGUGAUAUUAUUUUUCGUGAACUACUUAACUCACGACCCAAAGUAACCGGUACGAUGAUUCUGGACGUCUGCCGAUUACUGGAAAUAUCGCCACUAGAAAUCGACAAUCAGUUGGAGUAUAUAAAGCUGAUCCUGGGACAGGGAUUUAGGGAAACCAUGGAUGUUCGUUCCGUUGAUGAUAUAGGCAAUACGGCGUUGCAUUACGCUCUCGAAAAAAAUUGGUACGAAGCUACAACUCUACUUCUCAAGCAAGGCAGUUACCUCGGUCAGGUGAACGAAUCCAACAACAUCGUUAUCGCAAAUAUUCCAGAAUUCAUAUUGUCUAACUAUUUUAAUGACUGUAUUCAACUGAAGAAAGAAUGGACGGACGAGUGUACGAUCGAAUUCGACUAUCGUUGCUUGAUGCCGCACGAAAAUUUCACUGAACAGCAAGAAAUUUCGCGAGCGACCUGUGAAAUGGAAGUAAUUUUGUAUAUCGCCAAUAACGACACUCUGAAACAUUUGUUGAGACAUCCGUUAAUCUCGUCCUUUCUCUACAUUAAAUGGUACAUGAUACGGCAUGUUUUGUACGUAAAUUUUGUUUUUUACACAAUGUUUUAUUUCUUCGUGAACGCCUACGUACUAAACAUGACUUACGACAUAUCAAGUAGAAAUACGACACAGCAAGUAGCUAACGAUAGUUCCAAUACGGUCUUCUUUGCAAGUACUUUCCUUACAUUGCAAAACAAUCUAUCGUGGGUUUUCGUCAUGGGGAUGUUGCUGCCCUUCACCUAUCGAGAGAUCUUGCAAUUUUACUCCUGUCCCAAACGCUACUUGGUAGAUUUGGAAAACUGGUCACAAGUUUUGCUAAUGGUACUGACUCUUGCACUGCUGUGCGGCGCAGGACGGCAAAUCGGAGUCAUGGUUAUCCUGCUGUCCACCUGGGAGCUAAUGACUCUGAUAAGCCAUCAUUUGUUUCCGUCCACUUGUAUCGAAAUGUUUCGAACUGUCUUCUUCAAUUUUGUUCGGUUUUUCUUCCCGUAUCUGAUUCUGAUCGUCGCAUUCACUCUAGCUUUCUACAUGCUCUUGAGGAAUGACGAUUUCUCCAAUCCCGGUCUUUCGCUUUUCAAAACCAUCAUUAUGUUCACCGGCGAGUUUGACGCCAAAGGCAUUUUUUUUUCUGCGUAUCCUGUUUGGAGCCGCAUUGUGCUCGUGCUGUUCAUCUUUUACAUAGUCAUCGUGCUGUUUAAUUUGCUUAACGGUUUGGCAAUCAGCAACAUUGCCGAGAUUCUGAAUAAGGCCGAGAUUAUCGGACUAAUCUCCCGGGUACGCCUGAUCGCUUGUUUCGAAAGAAUGACAGUCGGGAAACCGUUCUGCUGGAAUUCUAAAUGGACGUGGUCGAAUCCUUUUAAUUUCUUUUCCAACAAGAUUCUUCUCUUUCCACAUUACCUCAAAUGCGGUAAAAUAAGUUUCAAACCUUACAAUGAUAAUCUGAUUGUUUAUGAUGGCGAUAACGUUGAUGGCUAUUCCAUGGAUUGGUCCACUUUGAAAAUGGAUCCUAACAUAGUCAAACAUGCUAAGCAGGUUGUCUACGAUAAAAAUGAACUAUCGAAUGAUGAUAUAAUGAAUGAACUUGCUAAGUUGCAAACAAGAUUGACACAGAUAAAAAUUACUUUGAGAUGUGAAGAUGAUGCUGAAGAAAACAUUAUUUAA